UAAGUAGUGCACCAAUGAGAAUUCGUAUGCGCACACUGCCACAUGGAAAUUGAUAAACACCAAACCAAAAACACUUUACACACACUUAUAUGAAUCGAUAUUUACGCUGUAGUAUUUAAACAACUUAAAACUCCUAAAAACAAAAAAAAAAAAUAUACGUAAUAAAUAAAAAAGCUUUCUUUGUGGAUGUUGGAUUUUGUCAAGUACUGUACUGUAAUUAACGCAUGGCUGGAUUGUACUGUUGCGGCAACUGUUUUUUGUUACUGGACACCCUCCCGGUGUGCCAAGAUUUCAAUAGAUCAAUGUGCAGUCGGUUAAAUUGUAGAUUCGUUCAUUUAACUGAAGACGACAAGGUUGAAGUAUGUGAUCAACGUGUGGCUGUGUGUCGCGAUCAUGCAAAUGGUCAAUGCAGACGUAAACAAUGUAAAUAUUAUCACAUACCUAUUGUGUUGCCACCGGCAAAUGUCAUGGCAGCCAUUAUACAUAGCGGUAGCAACAAUAAUAACAACAACAACAAUAUAAUAACAACCACCAGUAAAAACAGUCUUCUGCAAUCGAAUUCACCAUACGAACAAAUUGAACAGCAACAGCAAAUACCACUGCAGCAACAACCGCAACAUAUAACAACAAAUACAAUGACAAAAGCUACAAAUCCAACGGCAACAAUCUCAACUAAUUACAAUAAUAAUUUAAUCAUAAUCGAACCACAUCAGCAGCAACAGCAACAACAUUAUCAUUAUGCGAAUAACAGUCACAUAGCACAGCAUUAUACGACAACAAAAACAAUAGCAACAACACACAGCAAUAUUUACCCAACACAACAACAUCAACAUCCCCAACAACAACAAUACCAAUUACAUACACAUUCACAUCAUUCACCUUAUUCACCCUCAUCAGCCUCAUCGUCAUCGUCGUGUUCAAUUGCCACUUCACCAACACUCUCAUCGGCAACCACAUUAUCAACAACGUCAACCGCCACAAUGCCGACACCGCAUAUAGCGGCAUUAACGAGUAAUUUUGCGCAACCAACAUUUCUUAAGGCAGCGCCAGCAACAAUUACAAUAGCAACAGCACCACCCAACAGCCAGCAACCGCCAACAGCGUUCUAUGAUCUCUCAACACCAACAACACCAACACUUCUGUUAAGCAGCGAUUACAAUUCGAACUGUAUACCAAUUUUGACAACACCAGCAGUCACAGUACCGGCAACAGUACCAACGGCUUGCGCACCAUUUAUAUACACUGCAACACCACAUCAGCAGCAGCAACAACAACAACAACAACAACAACAACAACACCACCAGCAACACCAACAACAGCCGCAACAACAUUUAAUAAAAUUCACACAGCAACCAUAUUUUCAUUAUCAACAGCCGAAAACGCAUUUUCAGCAACAGCAGCAACAACAACAGCAACAUCCACAUCAAUUUGUAGCCACCCAGCAUGUUGCAGCGAAUUUAAGUAGCGGUAUCAUUGCAGCAACUACUGCAACAGCUUCGUCGUCACCAUCAAUUUCGUCAUCAUCCACGCCGUCAGCACCGUCAACAUCCAUGUAAUAUCACAUGACUGGUUACGUACAACAACAACAACAACAACAACAACAUCAGCAACACAAUUAUUAUUACACAUAAUUAACAAAAUCAACUGCUUACACCAUUAGCAAGCAACAUGUUGACAAUGAUUGUGAAACAUUUAUAAAUUAAGUGAUCAACAAUGUUGCGUGGCCCUCACGCAAAAGCAUUGGACACAACAAAAUAUGUUUUUCUUUAAUGUAAACGUAAGUUAUAUAAUAUAUAUUA